AUGGGAGUCCCAGUGGAAUCGAAGAGGAAGAAGGAGGAAAUCAGUGAGCAUCAGCACAGACAUUUGCUCCCUCUGCUUCCUGGCCGCCAGGAGGACUUGAAAUUUGAAGUGGAAGGAUUCAACCAAGAUAUUCCAAUGUCAUAUUUAAAGACUGAGAAAACAUUUGUGGAGCAGUCUCAGUUCCCCCAGCCUCUUCAAAUACAGAUCAAAUGCAUUAGAGGCCAAGACAAGGUUUCCCAAGGGUCUUACCUCCUCAAAGUGUCUCUGCUUGGCCGACCAGGGAGCUGUGUCUUGCAGUGGUGGCAAACAGAGCAUCUGAAGACCAGAACACACCCAGUUCAUCAUGAUAGGAACUUUUAUGAUGUGGGGCUAUAUUUCCAUGGAAGCCUUUAUGUGGUACUCCCUGACAGGAACAAUGUGAAACACGGAAUAGCUUUCUUGUUUGAACUCUUGUUCCUUUGUGGAACAUAUGCUCAUCCAGGUCGGGUCAUAGGCUGGGGGAUCUUUCCUUUGUGUGAUAACAAUUUCCAUGUAGUGGAAGGAAAAUUCAAGUGUCCCCUUCCUCGAGGACAAUAUAACAAGAAACUUGACAGCUUCAGGAAAAUUGAAGAUCUGAUUUGCCUGGACUUGGACCACUGGUUGUGCAAUCUCUAUUUUCAGGUAAUUAAAGUUCCUUUACAUUUGGAUGAUCAAAAGAACCAUACUCAGCUUUCCCCUGAAUUUCUGGUGUGUCUAAUGGCUGGCUCAGAGAAAACAAAAUUAGGUGUGGAUGAAUCAACUGGACCUUCGGGAGAAGACAUUUGUGCAUCGAUGGAUGGUGGAGCUCAGUCUGCCUUACGCUCUUCUCGGCUCUCUGUGCUGGAUGAUCUGUUUGUGCUGGGAGAUAGGCUGAGCAAUCAUUCUGUGAAGGAAAAAUCAAGCGCUUGGAGAGCUGAAGAACAUGAAGAUCGUUCACAGGAUACAUCUUACUUGGAAGAACUGGAGAAACAUCAGCUUUCUGUUUGCUGUUCUUCAGUUGCUGAUAGUAAUGGAUCUGGAGAAUUCUUCAAGCAUCUCCAUUUUGCGUUGGCACUGUUGUUUUCAGAGCUUGAAUUAGCUCAAUGGCAAAGCCAGGGCUUCUGGUACAUUAUUUUGCUGAUGGCCUCGCUCUGGUUCCUGAGGCUCUACCUGCAUUACCUUGGCCAGUGGCUUUUCCUCCAGGCCAUUUCAACUCCAGUUACAAAAUUCCAUUUUUUACCCCACACAGUUGAGCUUUGCUACCCAACUUCUUCACUUCACAUCAGAGAAGAGCUGGCUGUGGUUGUGUUGGGGCCUCUAAUGCUGAACACAAUCACAUUUCUUUUGGUUCUGAUCAGAUGGGGCUGUCAGCUACUGUUUUCCUCCUGCCCAGAUGCCUUGUCAAAGUUAAUCAUUUCUUUGGGACUAUGGGCAGUUCCAGAUCCACUGGCAGUGCUUUUGGUGGAUAUGUUCCUGGGGCGGCUUAUGCAUAGUGAUGAGACACCUCGCGCAGAUGCUGCGAAACUCUAUCGGAUGUUUGUGAGAACCAAGCAACCAGGAGUUGUUGGUGUGGCCCUCACAGUUUUACUCUACAUCCUGCUGUUUAUCUUGUCUUCUUCGAUUUUAUAUUUGUACUGUCUCAGGUUGCACAAUGACUGUUGGGUAUUAGAUGCAUUUCAGCGCAUCCACAGUGAAGAAACCAAGUUCUUCAUACCAUAUGACUUAGAGAUUUCCAAUCAGGAGCUCAGUUACAUAGUGAAAAGAGCUGUGCAAUGGAGAGGGAUUAACGGUGAAAGAAGGAAGGUGGCAGUGUAUGAUUACCUCUGGAAAAACCAUGGCAUCGAGUCCAGUGUCUCCAGCUGUGGCCUCCAACAUCAGAAUGAAACUUCUGUGUCUGCACUUGGUGCAGGAGAAAUUUCUCAUGUAUCUAUAUACACUGUUUAUCCCAGUGGGUUCCAAGCGCUAUUCUGCCAUUUUCUGAGACUUCCGGGUGGUGCCAUCAUUGAGGUUUUUGGUGACAUCAGGGCUUUGAAGAUUAUCCCCAGUGAAGUGAUCACAGCUAUUGAGCAGCACAUAAGUGAAAUGGACACUGUUCUGGGAGACUCCUUUGAUACUAACUCAAGAGAAAGGAGAAGGGUCCAUUAA